UCUUUCGAUACAUGUUGGAGCUCAAAAGCACACACUCCUUUCCACAAAUUUAUACAGAACACUUUUGGGAUCAGAAACAGACAAAAAUGAGUGACAAACAAGGAAGAGGAAAGAAAAGACCAAAAUCUUAUUAUUUAAAAUGUGCCCACAAGAAAGUAUCACAUGGAAACAACCUGGACACAGACAUGAGAGGAUUUCUUGUUACUUGUAAUGGCAACGAGAAACAAGCUGUUAGAGAAAUGUACAACUUAUUAAAUGAAUAUGCUGAUAAGUUGUAUGGACCAGAAGAGAACACAAGUACUGCUGAUCAAAACAAAAGUGACAACAGUGAUAGUGAAGACGAGGAUGUAGAAGCAGCCAUGAAGAAAGAAGUAGAUGCCAUUAAACAAGUCAGAACAAGAGAGAGACGAUUUCAGAAUACUAAUACUAAGUCGAGAAAUACUAUUUUCAUCAAAACUAUUUUAGACGAUCCAAGCACACUAGCACAUACAAUUUUGUCAGACAUUUGUACAAAUGGUGUACAGAAAUCUAGAUAUGCUAUUAGGAUGCUCCCUAUUGCUGAGAUAUGUAAAGCUCGUUUAGAUGAUAUGGAAGCAUGUGGGAAAACUUUAUUUAAAAAGUAUUUUGAAACUCCUUUUGGGACAGGAUUAAGUUAUACUACUGUUUUUACAAGGCGAAAUAAUAAUGAAAUCUCUAGGGAAACAGUUAUUCCAAAGUUAGGACAUAUAAUUAAGGACUUUAAUCCCCUACACAGAGUUAAUCAUGUAACCCCAGAUUAUGUAAUUCUGGUUGAAAUUAUAGGCAAAUUAUGUUGUUUGAGUGUUGUGAAAGAUUUCUUUAAGUUUAAAAAAUAUAAUUUGAUUGAAGCUAGUAAAAUCAAAGCUAUUGCUGCUGCUGACACAGCCAACAAAUCAAACACAGAAGGUGAAGCAAAUCUGCCAUGUGGUGAAAAUGCAGAAGAAGUUGGAAAAGUAUCUGAUGAUUCAGAAACAGUUAAGGAUGAAGGUCCUGAUGUUUGUAAUACCACAGAGACUUGUUCUAAUCUCGAAGAAACAGCAACGGUUGAAACAAACGAUACACUUAACAUUGAAAACCCUGAACUAAAAGAUUGCAAUGCUGAAACAGCAAAACAAGAGGAAAACAGUGGCAUAAAUCAGUAGAGAAAAAGGAAAGGAGAAAGUUUAUCAAGAGAGAGAACUGUAGUCAUGGAUAAUGUAUGUAAGGCAGAUUACCCUGAUUUAUUGAAAACCCAUACUGUAGUUAUGAAAGAUUUGGAAAGAAGUGAAACAGUUGUAAUGGCCUCUUUACCCAAGUCAGAAACUAUCAUUAUGGAAAGCAUGACAGAAAGUGUAAUGGAUGCAUUGUCUAAAGGUGAAAGCGUUAUGGACAUGGGCGCAAGCAGUGAAAGUGUGAUGGAAGUUUUAACAACAAAAGAAAGUGUAAUGGACAGUUUUUAGUUAUAAAAUUUAGAUUUAAAUAAAACAAGUUAUCUUGUCA